AUGGAGCCCCGAAGAGACGAUGAAACGGCGAUAAUUGUACGACCACAUGGAACUGAGUCGCAUGCAGAGUCGAAAGGCUCGACACAAGUUUUCUUUGAAGAACAGUUCCACAUCGAUUGUGAGGCUCGCACGGCAAAGCUUAAAGGUCCCACCGAUACUAUCGGAGGACCAUCGAAUAAUUUGCAAUCUGGUAAGGCUCAUUCAGAUUCGGUGGAGGAUACUGGACCUGAGGCUUUAAAAGCGAUGGACGGUCGGCUUAUGAAAUCAGUCGAAGAUGCUGUGAAGGAUUUGAAGAAAACAGUCUCUUCAUUGUCUGACAAGCUAACUCUUCUAGAAGACGAAGUGAAAAGUCUUAAGUCGAGUGGUGAUAAUCCGUCGGAGGAAAUAAGGAGUCAGACGAAGAGGAUGAUGUUGAUAAGGCAUCGGAGGAAGAGGAUGGUGGUGAUAAGGAGAGUAAGGAGUCGGAGGAAGAAGAUGACGUAA